CAAAUAUUAUGACCUUUGCACCCACGUGGCUAAAAAAUAAACCUAAGAUGCCCAAAAACAGACCCAAAGGGCCAGGGAAAGCCUCUCACAGUGAGAAGGGAGCUAAGAGGAGUCAAGCCAAGAAAUGGAGUCAGUCAGGACACAAGGAGACAGAGGUUGCAACAGGAGUUAGCUCAGAUGGUGAAGGAGACGCCCUGUCAGACAGACUCUCCGCUAUGGCAGUGAGUGGAGGAGACUCGACUACAGUACAACUGUCUAUGUGGGACCUUGGACACUGUGACCCUAAGAAGUGUUCAGGACGUAAAUUGUGUCGACUUGGGUUUGUUCGAACUCUUCAUCUGUCUCAUCGAUUCCCCGGUGUGGUGCUGUCCCCAAUGGGAGAGAAGUGUGUAUCUCAGGAAGACAGAGACAUUAUGCUACAAAGAGGGUUAGCAGUGAUUGACUGCUCCUGGGCAAAACUGGACUCCACCCCAUUUGCUAAAAUGAAAGGGGCUCACCCACGGCUACUACCGUUUCUGGUGGCAGCUAAUCCAAUUAAUUAUGGUCGGCCUUGCAAGUUAUCGUGUGUGGAAGCUUUUGCAGCUGCUUUGAUAAUUACAGGUUUGCGUGACAUUGGUGAAAGUUUACUUAUGCAGUUCAAGUGGGGUCAUGGUUUCUUAUCACUAAACAGUGAACUUCUUGAGAGAUACUCACAAUGCAGGACAGGUGCCGAGAUCGUGAAGGCCCAACAAGAAUGGCUUGAGCAGGAACGACUGCAAGCCAGUCAACAAAGAGAAGUGGACUACCCUCCAAGCUGCUCCAGUUCUGAAGACGACUGUGAAUCAGAAACUGACGACAAGACAUUAUCGUCUGAUGAUUUUACGGCUUGUGUUGCUAAAACGAGCACUAAAGAACACAAUGAUUGAUUUUAUAUGUUUUUUUAUUCAUUGACAACCAUCUGUUAUACAAUCAUGUAUUCAUUGUGUGUUACUAUUAAUAGAA